AUGACGAGCCAACGAUCAAUACUUGAACCAUUGCGCGGAAUGCAGGAGUUAGUCAGGGAACAGUCUUUCCAGCAGGACGGUCAUCCUGCACACACUGCCAAGGCGACAAUAGCAUUGUUGAACGAAAAAUUCGGUCGCCAUUGGAUCGGUCUUCAUGGUCCCCACGAAUGGCCGCCGCAUUCACCAGAUCUCACACCACUUGACUUUUUUCUGUGGGGUCAUCUUAAACAGCAGGUAUAUGCAACGCGACCUGCUAGCGUUCAAGAUCUCAAGGAGAGAAUUAUACGUGCUUGCAGUAUGAUAAGUCCACAAAUCUUGCGCCGGGUACGUAAGGCAAUCUUGGACAGGACUCUACUUUGUGAGGAGAUGGAAGGAGCGCACUUUGAGCACGUGCUCAAAUAA